ACCACCAGAGUGUCCGCUGUCCUGCCUAGAAACCAACUUGAAACCGUGUUUUGUCCAAGCCCUUCUACUAAACAAGCCCAUUUUUAUAUUGGGAGAUCUGAAUUGCAACGUUAUGAAGGAUUGUCCAGAGAACACAGUACUAGGAAAUUUCAUGUUCGAGAUGAACUUGAACCAAUUAAUCAUAACACCAACUAG